AUGGUGCUCGCGAACAAGUUGGAUCGCACUCUGCGCGCAGCCGAAGACAGUUCAGACGCCGAGAGCUACUACGAGGUCACCGACCGGUCCUCUUCUGCGUCUGUGAUCGAGGCAGAUGAAGGCGGUAACGUGAUCAGUUCAGACGGCGAGGAAGAUGGAGAAUCAGGAGACGAGGACAUGUCAGACGCCUCCGACGAUGACCAAGUAAAAGCGCAAAUGAGCAAAGUCUCUUUUGGAGCAUUGGCCAAAGCACAAGACGCUAUCUCAAAACAACAACCCGCCGACCGAAAGCGAAAACGAGGCGACGACACAUCCAAAUCACAAGAGGACAAGCUGGAAGCGUUGAGGGAGCGGUUACGGCAGAUCAAGGCCGAAAAGCUUGCAAACGGCGCACAGCCCAGCAAAAAGGCGAAGACAGACAAGAGCAAGAGCAAAAGCGAGAGCAAACGAGACGCUCAAGAAGCCGGUAGUGAUGAAGACUCCGACUCCGACGCAGCUCCAAAAGCGCGCUCGAGCAAACACGCCCCCGCUGUCCAGUCAAGCAAGCGUGCAGUGUCACGUAAGCGGAACGUAGUCGAUGUGAAGAAGCCAGUCUUCCGUGACCCCCGCUUCGACAAUGCCUCGGGACCCCAGCCCGAUGAGUUUGUGGUUAAGAAACGUUACGACUUCCUCAACGACUACCGGAAAUCUGAGAUUGCCGAACUACGUCAGACUAUCAAGAAGACAAAGAAUCCGGUCGAGCAGGAGCAGCUGAAGAAGAAGCUACUCUCUAUGGAGUCGCAACAGAAGGCCCGAGAGAACAAGGAGAAGCUACAGGAGGUGACGCGUGAGCACAAGAAGAAGGAGAAGGAGCUUGUUAAGGAGGGCAAGCAGCCCUUCUUCCUGAAGAAGUCCGAGCAAAAGAAGAUUGCAUUGGUCGACCGCUUCCAGAACAUGAAAUCGAAGCAGCGCGACAAGGUCAUCGAACGCCGUCGCAAGAAGGUUACGGCGAAAGAACGGAGGAAUAUGCCCGACGAGCGUCGUACUGCUCAAUAG